CGAUACUGCUGAAGGGCUGUAAAAGUGACGAUGUCCUUUUCUUAUAACGCGUGGGCCCUAGUCCGAAAUUGCCAACUAUAUGUAGUCGAAUUCAGACAUCGACCCCAUCACUUCUUCAGCAGCUCUCGCAAUGGGCAACAAAGGCUCCAGUGGGACUGCAGAAGCGCGGAAGUUGUUCAUAAACUGCAAAGAUGACCCGGUCGCCGUGCAAGCGCACAAAAAGUUCCCCAAGAACAAAAUCGUCACGGCCAGAUACAAUCUCUUGACAUUUGUGCCCGUCAACCUCUUCGAGCAGUUUCAAAGGAUAGCGAACUUUUACUUCUUGAUCAUGGCCAUCACUCAGCAACUAAUUGACAGUCCCGUUGAUCCAUCGGCCAGUUUGAUUCCUCUUGUCUACGUCGUCCUGCUGACCGGUCUCAAACAAGGCUACGAAGAUUUCUUGCGGCACAAAGCUGACCGAGCAGUGAACAAUGCACCUGUCAUCGUGCUUCGGAACGGACAAGAAACGACGGUAAAGGCGAUGGAUCUUCGAGUUGGCGAAAUUGUAAAAAUCACCGAGAAUCAACCUGUGCCGUGCGACAUUCUGUUGAUAUCGAGCAGCGACGACGCUGGAGUUUGCUUUGUGACGACUGCUAAUUUGGACGGAGAGACGAAUUUAAAAACCUUGAAAUGUCCACGGACUUUGAGACGAACGCGCACGUUGCCGGAGCUGGAGAAAUUCAAAGCCAGGGUCGAAUGCGACCCACCCUCGGUUGACCUCUACUCGUACCACGGCAAGGUCGAGCAGCUUUCUGGCGAGAAAAAGGGCGACGCCGAAGCUCUGGACGCCGAAAAUCUGCUUUUGCGCGGCUCGAAAAUUAAAAACACCGAAUAUAUUUAUGGGUCAACCAUAUACACAGGCCAGGACACCAAGUUGGCGAUGAACUCGAAGAAGCCAGUAAAGAAGUACUCGGUGGUCGAAAGAACGGUGAACAAGUUCCUGAUUUUCCUUUUGUCCCUGUUGGUGUUCGAAGUGGCACUGUGCAGCGGUCUCAAGUACAUCUUUGAAGCAACUAAGGAAUUUGACGCGUUCACGGCCUACAUGCCGCCACGACCUAUCAUUGAAGCGGGAAGAAUUAUUGAAGACAUUUUCUCGUUUGUGGUCAUUUUCAACUACAUCAUUCCGAUCUCCCUUUACGUGACUAUGGAGUUGCAAAAAUUCCUCGGCAGUGUGUUUUUCGGCUGGGACCUUCAAAUGUUUUCAGAGGACCUUAAUGAAAUCGCAAUUUGCAACACUUCCGAUUUGAAUGAGGAAUUGGGCCAAGUGGAGUAUCUCUUUACGGACAAAACCGGAACUCUAACCGAAAACGACAUGAUCUUCAGAAGAUGCUCAAUCAAUUCCGUGUGCUACGAGGAAUUAAACGGACACCUGCGCCGAUAUGACGAGCACAGCUCUGAUCCGGUCAAAACCAUGUUUGCUCUUCCCCCCGAGGUGGAAUUCUUCUAUUUGACCCUAGCCGCCUGUCACUCGGUGCAAAUCGCCCAGGAGCAGACGAAAGGAGCCACAAGCCUGGAGUACCAGGCCUCCAGUCCGGACGAAAAGGCCUUGGUUGAGGUUGCUCAGCGGUGUGGCGCGCAAUACACGGGGGAGAUAACGGAGGAGAUGAUAAUCAAGAUGAGCGACGGCCGCAACAUUCGGUUGAAACGACUCGAGACAAUCGAGUUUACGUCAGAACGCAAAAGAAUGACGGUCGUGGUAGAGGACGAAAAGGGCAACAUCUGGCUGCUCUGCAAAGGUGCCGAGUCGAUUGUCGCCCCACUGUGCACCAGUGGGCCCAUCGAUACGGCGCUCAAGCACGUUGGCGAUUUUGCUGUUCUUGGUCUGAGGACUCUUGUGAUCGCCCGUCGAGCCCUAACUCGCGACGACUGGAACAAUCUGAACAAAAAUCUGCAAGAGGCGCGGCAGAUGAUAGGCGAAAAUCGAGCGGUUGCUGUGAAAGCGGCCAAUGAAGCCCUCGAAAGAGACCUCGAGUUGAUCGGUGCGACCGGGGUCGAGGACCGACUGCAACCCGGCGUGUCCGAGACCCUGGAAAGUCUGGCCGCGGCCGGAAUCAAAGUGUGGGUGCUCACCGGCGACAAAGUGGAAACGGCCAUCAACGUCAGCCUGUCGUGCAAACACCUCAAACCCGACACCGUCCAGCAAAUGCUGGUCGAACAAAAGAGCAACGACGAGUGCAUCCAGGAAUUGCACGACAUCAAGUUGAGAAUCAUUAGUGAUCCUCAGAAGAAACACAGUUUGGUUGUGGACGGAUCCAGUUUGGCGAUGGCCCUGAAACAUGGACCUGAACUUUUGCGUGAGGUUGGCUCAAUGUGUGCGACUGUUCUGGCUUGUCGUCUGUCACCCUUGCAGAAGUGUGAGAUUGUGGCUCUGAUGAAAGCGUCCAAAGAACGUCCUACGACCUCUGCGAUUGGAGACGGAGCCAACGACGUGUCAAUGAUCAUGGAAGCCCACGUCGGAAUUGGCGUUGUCGGAAAGGAAGGUCGUCAGGCCGUUCUCAGUUCGGACUUCGCCAUUCCCCGAUUCCAGCACCUGAGACGCGCGUUUUUGGUGCACGGCCACUGGUACUACCGCAGGGCAGCCAUGCUGGUCGAGUACUUUUUCUACAAAAACAUCGCUUACGUGACGCCGCAAGUGUUUUUCCAAUUCAUCAACUUCUGGUCCACCACUGCUUUGUACGACGGUUUCUACAUCACUCUGUACAACGUGAUCUUCUCAUUCUUCCCCGUCGUCCUUUUCGGAAUCACGGAGCAAGAUUUGAGUGCCGACACCCUUCUGGCUCAUCCGGAAAAUUAUCUCAGGCACCGCAAAAACAAACUGAUGGAAUGGCCUAAAUUUAUGGGCUGGGUGGCCCACGGAUUGUGGCACGCAAUUUGCUGCUACUUUGGCGUUUUGCUCUACUUGCAAGUCAACAGCACUGCUUUGAACGGGAACGGUUCGGACGCGGGUCUUUGGAUUUUGGGAACGGCGACGAUGCACAACGUCGUCAUUGUGGUCAACUUGAAAGUUUUGAUCAUGAGCCGAUACUGGUCCUGGCCACUUCUUGUCGCCAUUGUCGCCAGCAUUUUCCCCCUUUUCAUGGGAUUGGUAGUUAUUUACUGCAUACUUCCUGGAUUCAGUCUUGGUGGUCGAAAUACGGACAAACUAUUUGGCUAUGUGGUGAUGCUGGAAUCGCCAAAUUUCUGGCUGCUGACCACGGUGAUCGUGGUCGCUGCCCUGAUACCGGACUUUGCCAUCGAGUCCUGGCAACAAAUGGUUCCGGACGGCACGUUCUCCUGGCACAAAAUCAAGAAGCUGCUGCAUCUGGGCGGCAAAAAAGGCUCGCGGAUCUACAACAACGCGUCCAGGCAAUUCAGCAUAUCGAGGAGCGGGACCAAGAACAACUACAACUCUUAUUUGUAAAGAAGAACAAAGCGCGAAAUUUUCACCGAGCACUCUCUCAAAUCGAUUUACUUUGAAUUAUCCGCGGAAUGAUUGUAAAUAGCCACAACAAGGAAACGACAACACUGAUUCGGAUAGUUUGAAGCAGCUCAAUCCGUAGCCAUUAAUAUUAUUAUUGAUGUACUUUUACUUAGUCAUAAAUAUAUAUUUAUUUCAUAAAAGUAUCUUUAAAACAAUUUUUUUAUUUUAAUACUAAUUUUAUAGUAACAAGUAAAUUUAAUUAUUACUAGAUAAAAUCACUAAUAAAAUAAUAUAUAAAAAUAUUUUGAACAAAUAAUUUUUGAAUGUGAAAAAUUCAGCACUGUGAUUGAAUAUUCCUGAAAAUAAAUUACUAAUACUUCAGAACACAUGUUAAAUGUAAAUUGUAAAUUAUUUUAUUAACAAUGAAAGGUCGAAUUUAGCAGCCAAAGAUGAAUUGUAAAAUAAACGUCUGUUCAAGUGACAGUCUCUGGUCUGCUUUUGAAUCAUUCCCAAAAA